AUUUCAGGAAUUGAAAGGGGAAAAGAGGAAGGAGAAAAUGCUGGGCUGGUGUGAAGCGAUAGCCCGCAACCCCCACAGAAUCCCAAACAGCACGCGGACACCAGAGACCUCAGGAGAUGUAGGAGAUGCCUCGCAAACCUCCACACUGAAUGAAAAGUCCCCAGGGCGAUCUGCAAGUCGAUCAAGUAACAUAUCAAAAGCAAGCAGCCCAACGACAGGGACAGCUCCCAGGAGCCAGUCAAGGUUGUCUGUCUGUCCAUCUACUCAGGACAUCUGCAGAUCUUCCACCUUGCAUGACAUGUCAGAAGAUGCGUUUGAGCACUGCACCCCUGUCAUGGUGCUGAGCCAUGCUAGAAAGGAGUCUGGUAAGAAACCAGUAAGACAAAAUCCUAGGAGGAGGAGAAGGGUCUCUCAGAGAUACGAGCAUGCAGAAGAGCAAGCAAGGGAGAGAAGAAAUGACUUUCGCCUCCAGAUCUCAAGUCCCAGGUGGAGAGAACUUGGUAUGGAGUCUUCAGAUUCAUCUUCCACAGAUGAGAGUCACUGGGUUCAGGCAAAAAGACAAGCCCAGGUUAAAUUCAGACUGUCUCGGCGAAGGAGGAAUAAUAAUAAGCUGUGUGGAAGCUCGGCUGGGUCUUCCACUCGUGACAGAAUUGAACUUGUUGAUCUGGAAUCCAAAGGUGAAAAGCACCAGGAGCUGACAGAAUGUAGGAGUCACUCUUUCAACAGCUGUAGAGGAAAAGUCAUAAGGUACCAAGAAUGCAGUCAUCCACUGCCAAGGGGGUCUUUGGUGGAGACGACACCCCCAGGGAGCCACUCAGGGAAUAAAGGCAAAUACUGCCAAAGAGAUCCUCACCUCUUGCAUACACUUAGGCAAAAAGAAACAAUUCAGAAAAGAUUUAUGGAAACAGAUUGUAAUACUGAAAUCCUGGCAGCUGCAGAAGGGGGCAAGUGUGUGGAUGUCACAGGGUUCCAGCUGAAUACCUCUACCCAGAAGCCUCCUGGUGCCUCUGAUGAUGGCUCUGAUAAUUUCGAAGUGUGCAGGAUCUGUCACUGCGAAGGAGAUGAGGAGAGCCCACUCAUCACACCCUGUCGCUGCACAGGAACCUUGCGCUUUGUCCACCAGUCCUGUCUCCACCAGUGGAUCAAGAGCUCAGACACACGAUGCUGUGAGCUCUGCAAGUAUGACUUCAUAAUGGAGACCAAGCUCAAGCCCCUUCGAAAGUGGGAAAAGCUCCAGAUGACCACGAGCGAAAGGAGGAAAAUAUUCUGCUCUGUCACGUUCCACGUCAUCGCCGUCACCUGUGUGGUGUGGUCCUUGUAUGUGUUGAUAGAUCGGACAGCGGAGGAAAUCAAGCAAGGUAACGACAAUGGUGUGCUGGAAUGGCCAUUUUGGACAAAACUGGUUGUGGUGGCUAUUGGCUUCACAGGAGGUCUCGUCUUCAUGUAUGUACAGUGUAAAGUCUACGUCCAACUGUGGCGCAGGCUAAAGGCCUACAACCGUGUAAUCUUUGUGCAGAAUUGCCCAGACACUGCCAACAAACUGGAGAAGAACUUCCCGUGUAACGUGAACACAGAAAUCAAGGAUGCUGUGGUUGUGCCCGUGCCACAGACAGGUUCAAAUACACUGCCAACUGCAGAGGGAGCCCCGCCCGAAGUUAUACCAGUCUGAUGGACGUAGAGGGGGAACUUCUUCACAGAAGGAUCUUUGCAGCCCUCAGCCACUACAAACAGAAGUGCUUCUGCUCUGGUGGUUUCUUUAUCUUCUCCUUUCCCUUACUGACUUGUUUGUCCUGACUUGGAGCAAAAAGGAAAUGAGAAGAAAACAGCAAGUGGCCAGGGUCCCAAGAAGCAGAGCCUGUGGUGGGACCUGGAAAGGCAGAGUGUCUUGGGGAAUGAGUUCUGAAGGAAUGGUUGGUACGAACCAGUUUUCCAGAGUGAUGGACAUGUGGUACUCCUUUGAGUAGAGCAGAGGAAACCCCUGAACAGACUUCAAUUGCAAUGUAUGCUUCUUUGUAGGGUUCUGUAAUGUUAGCCUUCUCCACUGGAAAUCACACAAACACACACACACACACACACACACACACACACACACAAUUUGGUCUUAAGCCUGAAAUUGUGUGCCAGAAGCAAACUUAGAGGACUUGAGAGGGGUUUUUUUUUGUUUUUUGUUUUUUUUUUUAAAUACUUUGACAGCUAAUUUUUCUGGCUAUUGUGAAGUCUGGUUAUUUUGACAGAUGCAUGUUUUGAAAUGGAUGCAAUACACAUUUGAAGAUAGAAAUGUCUGGAAUUUUGUUUAAAUAAUGAAGAUUUUCAGAGCAUUGUGGAGUUUAGCUAGCAGUGUUUUUUGAGCAACUAUCAUGCCGUGGUUUUGUUUAGUUUUUCUGGUCCCUCUUACACAGUGCUCAACAACAGACAUGUAAUGUGAGCUACAAAUACAACCACAGUUGUACAUAUUAAAUCUCCUCGUGUGCCCCAUUAGGAAACGUACAAAUAAAUAGGUCAAUUGAUUUUCAUAAUUUAGUUAACACUAUACUACUUAUUUCAUGUCAUCAAUGGAAACAAUUAUAAAAAUAGCUUUCUUUAUUUCCUUAAACCAAGUCUUCAAAAUUCUGCAAGUAUUUAUGUCACACCUCAAUAUGAAUGAAGUGUGUUGGGCAGGAUUUAAUUAAGAGUAUGGGUUAGCAGAGCCUUGCAUUAGAAACGACAUCUGUUUCAUUUAAUUUGAUUAUUUUAAAACAGCAGUUUAAUCCAUUAGUCUGUUUUGCAGUUUCAUUUAAAGGUUAUGAUUUACAAAGCACUAAACUCAUCAAAUUAAGUAUUCUGGCUUGAUUUCAACCAAGUUUCAAAGGGGCGAAAAGACCAAAAGUAUAGGAAGUCAGUAAAAUGUGUAGCAACAUUACAAAGUCAACUUCUGUACAGAAGCUAUAAAGUAAUUAUGAUAGGGAAAUAAAAAUUUAUUUUGCUACUAAAUCAGGUGUGUUAAGGUUUCUAAUUCCACACAAAGUGUCAACGUGACAUGGGCAUCUUAAUUAAGGAUCUCAACCCCAUGUUUAAAUCUGACAGUAUUUCCCUCAUUCAGCUCAGAAGUAAAAAUAUUCAGUACAUUCCAUGGUGAACGACGGGCUGGGUUGUCAGUUCAACAGCUGAUUACUGUGCUCUACACAGAUUCAAAUCAACGGAUAUGAAUGACAACUGCAAUGAGCCGGGUAGAUGCUCACACAUAGUUACCUGUCCAAAAAAAGAUGACCACAUUUUCUUAAAGUGACUUUUGUUGUUGUUGUUAGCUGUCAUUAUUUAUUAUCCUGAAAAGGCAGAGAUGGCCAUAAAAACCAAAGCAUGGGCAUCAUGUUGCACAAAUCUGGGUUCUAUAUCCAUGCACUUUGUAAUGAUCAGUGUUUGUUUUUCGUGGAUGAUAAAGGAAAAGGAAAAACAAAAGGAUCUUUCAAUGAGAAGAGUAUUUGUAGUGAUUGACACUGGGUCCAAAAGUCCCACCCUUAGAAAUAAAGACAUAGUAAACAAUGUCAAUUGUGUGUGUGUG